GAGCAGUAAUCAUUCAGCCGAACCGCUAUCCCGUUGCUUUCCAGGCUUCAGUUUGUCGAUCAAGUGUGCAGUGUGUGUGUGCAGUGUGUGUGCAUGUGCUUGGUUGGCUUCCUGUAAUUUGCAGUACGGUUGGUGAUUGGGGCUUUUUUAUUGAAGUAAGAGUGCAUCGAUACGGUGGAUGCACUUUUGUGCAUGUUUAAUGAAAUCCCCCUUAACGCCCACAUGCGAUUGAGGUUUCCGAUUGAAAGUGAUAGAAUUUGCCGAUUGAAUGGAGCAGAGUGCUCGUGAACGGCACGGGGAAGAGAAAAUACAGUGAAAAACGCAUCGUGAUUUGAUUUGCAGUUUUUGUUCCAAGCAAAAGGAAGGCGGUGUUCAGCGGAAAGGGAACCGAGUGUAAGCGUAUGAUUUUAUAGAGUUUUCCUUUGUCCGCGUUAGAGGAAGCGGCAAAUUGAGUUCCUGCAAGCGGACGGAAAGUGGUGGAAAAGGGAAAUUUCUGAAGCACCUCAUCUACACCGGAAAUAUAGCGAUUCCGUUCGGUAGCAGUGUCCAGUCAUUGCCCGAGCUGGCGGAGUUAGAUGCCGCCACAAAUACUGCCACUUCUGGGUAGUUCCAGUUCCGGUACGAGCACGAGCGCCAAGAUGCAGUCCCGAGACCACCCCUUCAACCGGUCCACCCGGCCCCUGCUGGAACGGCGGGCUCAGCCGCAGGUGGUCAGCACGAAGAAGCUGCUGGCGGCGCAGAGCGCGCCGGGACCGAAGGUGCCGACCCGCGGGUACAACGACUUUAACCUCAUCAGCCGCCAGUACGAGACGUGGAACUCGAACCACUCGCACCAGGGAUACCCUUACGGCAGUCCCCCGUCGCCGACGCACGAUUCCGGGGCACGCGGGGACUUCCAGUUCUCGGACCUGGUGGACGGGCCGCAGCGGGCUCAGCAUCACCAGCGCACCGUCCACCAGUACACGGUGAACAGCAACAACAGCGACGACGAUGACGACUACGACGAGCUGGUGUACCAUCACAACCAGCUGAACGUCGGCGGCGUUGGUGGAGGUCCGGCCGGGGUAGGGCUGAAGGUGGCAAACCAGCAGCUUCGCCGGCGAUUGCUGGAUGCGGCCUCACCGAUGCCGCCGGUUCCCCCGCAGCGGACCGUGCAGCACCACCGAACUCCUCCACCGCCCCCAAGGCGCACCGAGUCACCCCCGAUGGCUCCCGCCGGCCGCGGACUGGCCGACAUCGACGGGCCGUUCGUUUUCGGCGUGCACCAUCCGAACACGUUCACGCCGGCGUACGGCACCAAGGCGACACUGUACGGCACCAACACCACGGCCGUCUCGAGCACGAUCAACAAGGACGGCAAGGAUCCGUCCGUGUCUUCCAGUCCAGACACGAGCCAGAACAGCAGUGAUAUUAGUUCUAGUGAAAAAUCACGUCGUGCCCUGGUCAAGGAGAAGAAGAACUCGAAGCGGGCGAAGAAUGAUAAAAAGGAGAAAUCGAAAGGAAAGCUCGAGAAGCGCGAUGCCGAAGCCAAGUCUCCACCGAACGUGAAAUGUGUCCUCGUCGGCGAUGGAGCAGUUGGCAAGACGAAUCUGAUCGUGUCCUACAUACAGGAUCGGUUUAUACACGAGUAUGUGCCGACUGCGUUCGACAAAUACAACGUGGACGUCAGCGUCGAUGGGCGGCCGAUCGGCGUUACGCUGUGCGAUACGGCGGGCCAGGACGCGCUGGACACGCUGCGGCAGCUUUGCUAUCCCGGCUCGGACGUGAUCCUGCUCUGCUUUUGCGUCGUCACGCCGGAGAGCUUCCGGUCGCUCGCCACCAAGUGGGAGCCGGAGAUCAGCAAGCUGAAGGGCGUCUCGGUGGUGCUGGUCGGCACGCAGUCCGAUUUGCGCAACGAUCCGGAUACGAUUGCCAAGCUACAGGCCCGAGGAGAAAAACCGAUUCCGGUUUCGUCUGCAUGGGACUUUGCCCGCAAGAUUGGCGCCAAAUACGUCGAAACGUCGUCGCACAAGAAGGAGCGCAUCAAGGAGGUGUUCGACACGGCCAUCUGGGACGCGCUGCAAUCGCAGGAGUACAACAAACAGAAACGACCCCUCUGGAGACGGCUGUGCUGCUGCUGACCUUGCGAACCGGCAGGCGGCAUUAUGCCGAAGUAUCAAUCCCUGGCAACAUAAGACUGUCAACUGCUGCUUCACGCGCCCACGAGAUGUGAGCUGGGCUCACUAGUGACUAGUGAGUGGCGGGCGGUAGGAGAAGUAGCGUCCAACGAAAGGCGAACGUGCGACCGAACGAAACCUGACCGUGUACACACAUCACGACAAUGAAUAGCUUUGUUAGUAGCUUUAGACGAGCGGUUUGCUUCUAGCGCCGCAGUUUGUACAGUAACAUAUAGGAACCCCCUACGCGAUCAAGGAGCAGUGAGGGGGAAUCGAAAGACAGAACAGUGAGAUGGAAUAGAUCUAACGAAGCCUGCCCUCGAUCGUUUUGACGGUCGAAGGAGGUACGAUUACAUUUGCUAGUAUUAUCGUGUGUUUUGUUAAUUGUGUUACCCGCCAGAGAAACAAGAUAAUUAGGCGUGACUAAGCUUUAGGGAAAAAACAUGUGGAAGCAUAAGAAUGCAAGAGCGUUACUUAAAAUUUUGUUUCCUCCAUAUAAUAUUUUAUGAAUUUUCUCAGAGAUUCUAGGCGACGGUCUGUGUGUGUGGGCGAAUAUUGAAUUGUAAUAUUUGUAGACAAAACGUCACUGAUGUAUUUUUUUUCGUAGCAAGAGCUAUCGCACACAUAACAUAAGAGAUAUAUUAAAUCCAUUUGUUGAAGGAUUAACCGACGUGUGGGGGAAAGGAAGAGAAUAGAUGAUAGAGUUAUUGCAAUCGAUUGAAGACAGAUAGUGUACCUACCCAAAUUGU